CAAAUGUUGAAGCCGCUGCAGUCAGUCUGACUGCUAGCCUCUGAUAGGUCAUGACCGAGACGGAUUUCUCCCGCGUGUCUGCUAAAAUAGAUAGCGAAAAAGAUUUCUUGAACAAAAUUAGCGAGGUGAUAUGGAAGAAUCCAGAACUCGCAUAUGAAGAAAAAUUCGCCCAUGACACUUUGACAAGUGCAUUAUCAAAAUGCGGUUUUCAGGUGCAGAAACAUUAUGUGUUACCUACAGCUUUUAAAGCGGAGCAUGUGUCUAAAACAGAAGAUGGUCCAGUUAUAGCUGUUUUGCUGGAGUACGAUGCUCUACCGGAGAUCGGCCACGGUUGUGGUCACAAUCUCAUCUCCGAAGUCGGAUUAGCUGCCUCUCUUGGAAUCAAGGCAGCCAUGGAAGCAGAUUCGACGCUGGCUGGGAAACUUCUUGUUAUAGGCGCACCAGCUGAAGAAAGUAAAGCAGGAAAAGCAGAUCUUCUGAAAGGCGGAGCUUUUGAAGGGGUAGACGCAGCCAUGAUGGCACAUCCUUGCCAUUACAAUACAACCUAUCCUCCGAUUCAGAGUAUGGUGGAAAUAAGUGUGAUUUUCACUGGCAAGGAAACUCAUGCCGCAUCUUCCCCUUGGGCAGGUCGGAACGCUUUAGAUGCAGCAGUUGCAGCUUACCAGAAUAUUGCACUUCUCAGACAGCACAUCAAGCAUACAGAUAAAAUUCACGCCAUCAUUACGAAGGGAGGAACAGUACCAAACAUCAUUCCAGCAGAAUCUAGAAUGGAGCUGUUCGUGAGAUCUAUAACGCGAACAGAACUCUGGGAAUUGGUGCCUCGUGUGAUUGAGUGCUUAAAGAGCGGAGCCUCCGCAACAGGAUGCAAAGUAGAAAUCAUUAUCGAUAAAGAUCAUUGCAAUGAAAAUCUCAUUUCUAACAAAAUUAUGGGAGAACUGUAUGAUACAUAUGCCCACAAAUUUGGAAUAUAUGCGACAUUUGCUCCUGGCGAAGAAGAACCAAGUGGUUCUACGGACAUGGGAAAUGUUUCCCAUGCUGUACCUUCCAUACAUCCAAUGUAUAAUAUCAAUACCGAAGCUCUUUACCACACAAAAGAGUUCAGAGAGGCUUCAGGGGACCCAAGAGCACAGGAACCUACGUUGAAUGUUGCGAAAGCAUUGGCCAUGACAGCACUUACGCUCAUGCGUAAUCCAAAAAUUUUGGAUGAUGCCAAAAAGGAAUUUAAAGAAGCUCUUGCCAAAGGUCUCUAAAUACUUGUUAUCCUUGUUCUGCAGGUUUAAAAAACAUCUGAAUAUUUCUUGUUAUUGGUAAUCAAUAAAGACUACAAUUUCAAAAAUGA